UGCCACGAAGGCCGGGAAACACCCCGGGCCCCGGCAGGAACACCAAGAGCCGCCCGAGGGUUCUUGAAGCCGGCUCUGAACCCACGGCCCCAGACCGGGAGCCGCCCCCGGGCUCCGCCGCGCCCCGGCCCCGGGGCACCCCGCGGGAGGCCGGGCGGGCCCUGCCCGGUGCCUUCCCCUCACAGCGGCGGGGCCGGGGCGCGGGGGAGGCGGGCCGGCUCCUUCUCCCCGCAGCAGCCCGGGAGUAACGAAAGGAGUCGGGGCCGGGCAGAGCCUCCCCUUGGGCGUCCCUUGGUCCCCUCAGGCCGUGCCGGGCCGCCAUGCCGGGCCGUGCCGCCGCGCUGGUGCUGGCGCUGCUGGCCCUGCCCCGCCGCGCCGCCGCCGGCUGUGCCGCCCUCGGGCUGUGCUGCCCCGGCCGCGACCCGUCGUGUCUGGGCACCGGCUGGCGGCCCGACGGCUCCUACGGGCCCUGCUAUUGCGACCAGGCGUGCGAGCACACCCUCGACUGCUGCCACGACUAUGCCCAGGCCUGUCCAGUUAUCCCCUGUGUUGUAUCUCAGUGGAGCGUCUGGAGCGGCUGUGCAGAGCCUUGCAAGACAACAUACCGUGUUCGGAGGAGGCAUGUCAUCCAGGAGCCCAGGAACGGAGGAGAGGUAUGCCCUCCUCUGGAGGAGAGGGCUGGCUGCGUGGAGUACUGGACUCAGCAAGGAACAGAGUGCAAACAGUCCCUGAUCCCCGCAUUAAUAACAACAGGAGGGUUUGGAAAAGCAAGGAAAAAAAGAGCUGCAGAUGAUGGCAAUGAAAGAGUGGGAUACUGUGUUGAAUUCCAGCUUGUGGCCAUCACGCCGGCCUGCUUGCACAGUCACCACUCAUACACUCACUGGAUGCAAUAUCUCAGAGAGGGCCACACCGUCUGCGUGGAGUGUCAGCACCCAGCUUUAGACUCCAAGAGUCUACAUUGCUACGGGGAUGGCAGCGGAAGCAAAAAGAAUCAGCUGUUGCACUGGCAAGCAGUAGGGAACCCUCGAUGCAGGGGAACCUGGAAGAGAAUUCGCCAGCUGGACACUUGCUCCUGUCCUUCUGUUCACAGCUUCUUGUUCAUCUAACCCCUGACAAUCUCAGCAAGCAAGUGGUGUGACAGUUGUCUGGCACAAGCACGGAGCAGCCAGAGUAAUCACAGCCAAAACAAUGACUUCUCCUUGUCAGAGGCUAUGCUGCUUACAUUCAAGAGGUUGCUGUCUGCACUGGGUCAUCUCCGUUCAUGUGUACUCCUCAAUUUCCAAAGAAAUCAGGCUGGCAGUGAAGUGCUGACUUCUUUCUGUAUAUCCAUUCCUGUAGCCUCUUCUGCCUGAGAGAGGCAUUUCUGACCCUGCUGUCUUCUUUCCAAUUAACCCUCCCCAUCCUCACAUAAGAAAGCAGGCAAAGAAAGUCCACAUAAACCCAAGUUUAAUGAUUAUUUUCUAAAGUCCUGCUAAAAAAAAAUCAACAGCA